CAAUGGGUGCGCGGGCAGCCGGCGGGCGGGGCGGGGCGGCGGCGCGGAGACGGGCGCGGGCUGAGGGCGCGGGUCGACGGGCGCACCGACCAUGGCCUCCAAGUGUCCCAAGUGCGACAAGACCGUGUACUUCGCUGAGAAGGUGAGCUCUCUGGGUAAGGAUUGGCACAAGUUCUGUCUCAAGUGUGAGCGCUGCAACAAGACGCUGACCCCGGGGGGCCAUGCCGAGCACGACGGGAAGCCGUUCUGCCACAAGCCCUGCUAUGCCACGCUCUUCGGACCCAAAGGUGUGAACAUCGGAGGCGCGGGCUCCUACAUCUAUGAGAAGCCCUCCGCCGAAGGACCUCAGGUCACUGGCCCCAUCGAGGUGCCUGUGGUCCGGGCCGAGGAGCGCAAGGCCGGCGGUCCGCCCAAGGGGCCCAGCAAAGCCUCCAGCGUCACCACGUUCACGGGGGAACCCAACAUGUGUCCUCGCUGCAACAAGAGGGUCUACUUUGCCGAGAAGGUGACCUCCCUGGGCAAGGACUGGCACCGCCCGUGCCUGCGCUGUGAGCGCUGUGGGAAGACACUCACUCCAGGCGGGCACGCGGAGUCCCCGUUCUGCCCCCAGCACGAUGGCCAGCCCUACUGCCACAAGCCCUGCUAUGGAAUACUCUUCGGACCCAAGGGGGUGAACACUGGAGCUGUCGGCAGCUACAUCUACGACAGAGACCCAGAGGGCAAAGUUCAGCCCUAGGCCAUGGGCCCCUCCGCCCCCUGCUCCGGAGCCCACCGCCUGGCCCCGUGGGGGACAGCAGCUAGCUGCCGCCGUCCUCCCCGGCUCAUCCUGCCUCGCAAGCCCAGGGCCUGCGUGUUGUGGGGGAGGAGACCCCGCUGGGCUGUCUCUAGACCAGGCCUGCCCAUCCCCGUUUCUCUGGCCUUCGUACCCCCCCACCCCUUAUCCUCUUUUGUGUCCUCAUGGCUCUGUGUCCGCAUGGACCCAUGCGUCCCCGUGUGUCCCUUGUGUCCCUUGUGUGUCUCCGUGGCCCUGGGUGGGUCUCUCUGAGGCGGCCAUCCCACUCUCCCCUCCUGCUGCCCCAGGCCUGCCCCACAGUGUUCUUUCUGCUUCCCCUGCCCGUGACGGCCACAGCCACGCUCUUCACGGUGUUGCUCGGGCGGACCGAGGGCGUCCCUGCCAGGAGCCCGCCGCCCACGUCCCACACCCACCCUGCCUUGCAAGCGCUUGUCUGACACCCUCACGUGGCUCACACUAACCUGCUGAGACUGUCAAUAAAGGGUUCGAGGAUUGGGGGACCGA